AUGGACAUCACAGAGCUUCUAAACGCCGUAGACAACGCUUCGAGUGACUGGGAGUUUGACGAUGAUGAACCUGAUCUGUCAGUGGAGGAUGGGGUAGCGUCUGACGAGGCGUCCGCUGACCUUGCAGUGGAGGAGGAGGAGGAAGAGGUAGAAGCUGGCGAGGAGUCCCAACCUGCACAAGGCUCGGUCCGUCGUACCGGCAACGAGUACAUAGAAAAUCUGAUUCGAGACAGUGGCCUUCACAUUAUCCGCGAGAGAGAGGGAAAAGAGCUUAUGACCUCCGUCGAAAUGGAUGCAUUUUUUGGUCUGGAAAUUGCCACUAGUAUCUCUCCAUUCACAGAGCUAGCUGAAUUUUGGUCGACAAAACUAUUCCUUGGACAGAACGAUUUUGCGUCGACUAUGCCUAGGAAUCGCUACCAAAACAUCCGUGGAAAGACUACAGACUCACCCUCCUGA